AGUAGCAUCAAAGGCGGCUGCUGCACUGAAAGAAAGAUUUUCAUCCAACAUUUGCUAACAAUUUCUUAACAUAUUUUUGUUUUAAUUUUGAAUUUUAUAUUACUUCUGAAGAAUAAAAGACAACAUGACGAGUCUCCUGCGCAUCACCUUGUUAUCCUUAACUCUGGCUGGCAGUGUGUGCAGUCAGCCGAUGGCCACUAAUGCCCCAUAUUCAGUUAAGGUGAUCGCCGACCUUGGGGCCAACGUUACAUUGCCAUGCCGUCUUCCGUUCAGGGGCCACAGUUUCUUUGGCAUUGGCAUCCGAGUCAAAUGGAGCAAGAUAGCCGACGACGAGGCUCUAAAUGAAGACGUGCUGCUUUCCAUGGGCUUCCACAAGAAGACCUACGGCAGCUUUGAGGACCGUGUCUACCUGCAGGAGCUUGACAGCGAGGAUGCUUCCUUGGUGAUAACUGACGUUUCCACAGAUGACACUGGAAAGUAUCGCUGUGAGAUCAUCAACGGGAUGGUGGACACCAUACAAGAGAUUGACCUGGAAGUGCAAAGUGACCUCACUGAUGGUGUGGUGUUCCCCUACUUUCUGCCUCUCGGACGCUAUAGCAUUAACUUCAACGAGGCCGUGCAAGCAUGUUUGGAUCAGGACGCAGUGGUUGCCACCUUUGACCAGCUGUUUGAAGCCUGGAAGGGUGGCCUGGACUGGUGUAAUGCAGGCUGGCUGGAUGAUGGUACCGUGCAGUAUCCCAUCACAAAGCCCAGAGGGCCCUGUGGCGGUGCCAACAACGGUCCUGGCAUCAGAAACUACGGCAGGCGUGACAAGUACCUGAGCCGCUUCGAUGUGUUCUGCUACACUCCUGCCUUGAAGGGACGUUUCUACUGGCUAACCCAGCCUGACAGGCUCACCUUCGAUGAGGCAGUUCAGGCUUGCAUCGACGACGGCGCAGAGAUCGCCAAGGUGGGCCACAUCUUUGCUGCGUGGAAACUCGAAGGCUAUGACCGCUGCGACGCCGGAUGGUUAGCGGACGGUAGUGUCCGCUACCCGAUCUCCAGGCCACGCAGGAAUUGCAGCCCCACAGAGGCUGCAGUGCGCUUUGUCGGAUUCCCAGACAAGCAGCAAAAGCUCUAUGGUGUCUACUGCUACAAGGCUGAGCCCUGAGUGGGUGCGCUUGAAGCCUUGACCACCAAAGAGCUGCUAGCGCAUCCCAAAAUAGCAACAAAGUAGCUAAUCUUCGGCUCUUGAGUAGAUUGAACAUCAUGACAUCCAGAAACUGUGGUUACUUAAAAGAAACAUUUACUGGACAUUUCAUGGUAGAUAAAAAAAUAUAUGCAUGUCAAACAUCAAUGUUGAAAUAUGAAACAGAGACAAUGACUUCAUGGUUUUGUCAGUUAAAAAUUUCAGAAAAACAAUACAACAUAUUUGACAAAUGUCACAAAUAGUGACCAACAGUUCAAAUGUUAUAUUACAGCAACAUUUGCAUCUUCAACAUUGAAUGUCCUUUUUACUGGUUGGUUUAGUAAAAUGUUUUUAUUUUUGUUUUUUAAAUGAAUGUGAAAGUGAAAAUGAAUAGAUCAACACAGACUGUGACUUCAUGUGCAUAGAAAGCACCGAUCAAAUGAACUCCCAUAUCAGAUUGACAAUUUUACUGUUAGAAUCGUGUGCUGUUUCUUUUUGUAUUUUUAGUUUUGGUAGAGCGGGACAGAGUCCAGACAUAGUAAAAGUACUGUUGCCCUGAUUCAAUUGUUAAAGUACAAGUAGGGUUCCAGUAACCAAGUAAAAUGUACAGUACUUAAGAGUAAAUGUUACCUGCACACUGCAAAAAAGAACAAGGGCAUAUAAAUCAUGUAAAUUAAAAAAAACUAUAAACUACCUUUAAAAAUGAAAGAACAAUAAUGAAAUAAAACAUGCUGGCAACACGCUACACUGAUUGUCACUGAUUUACGUUAUCGCUUGUCGCUUAUCCAGUUUAGGAUCACGGGUGGGGUGGAACCUAUCCCAAGUCACUUUGUGAAAGGCGGGGCACAGUCAAUCACAGGACACAUGGAGAUAAACAUGUCACACUCACAUUCACACCUAUGGACUUAUUACUAAUCAAUCCAACAUGCAUGUUUUGGAGUUGUGGGAGGAUACUGGAAUUCUCUG